GCAAUCGCAAUUGCAAUCUAAUCUUCUUUUCCAUUUUUCUAUUUUCUAUUUUCUAUUUUCAAUUUACAAUUGCUCAACUUAUUAAUGUUCAUCAAUUCAUUCCUUUAAAAUCCAAUCUUGUGGCUUCAUAAUUCCUCGUCGUGCGGUUGAUCUCCAGUUCCAACAGUUCAGUAGAUCAUUGUCAAUGGGAAGAUGGACGCAACCGACAGUAGGAAAGACAUUGAGCACAAGCAACUCAAGGGUCGAUUGAUGGGAAGAUUUUUCGGGAAGGAAAAGAAACCGUCCUCGGCAGAAGAGGUGUCCGACUUUCUUCGUGGCCCUACUGAUAAAGUGUAUACUGCACCAUCCACCGCAGCCUCGAAUACCCCUCCUAGACCUCCUGUUCUCGGUCGAAUUGAUACGUCCACUGCAAAACGAUGGCCCACGGCGGCUGAGGUAAACAAUGCUAGGCGCAAUCGAUCUGCGAGCCCAAAACGAAGUAGGAAAGGAUUGGUUGUGAGGUUUACAGAGGCCCAGCCGGAAGUGAUAGGUGAAGGAGGUGACGAAUGUGCUUCACCAACAGCAGAAAUCGCAGAAGCUCUGCGAAGUCGAGCUGCAACAAUUCCGCAGCAAAAACAAACCCGACGACCAGGUCCUCCCCCACCUUAUGGCUCAUCACAGGGGCCUGCCGAUAGAUUUGGGGACCCCGACAUGUUUAGACCUGGUCCUUUACGACGUACGCAAACAGGCUUUUCAACAAUCGCAGACAAUGACUCUGCAUCAGACAGUGAACCUCCUCCCCAACCUCAAAGAAACCAAAGAAAUGAGAAUAAUUAUAAUGGUAAUGCAAGGACCGGAUCGCGUAGCUCGUUCAAUGGCAAGGCGGAAGCGGCCAUGCGUGCAUCAGAGGGCAAAGCAUUGGUAAGGGCGGUGUCGGGACAUUUUGAUGAACGAGAUCUUGCGCUGGCAGCUUUGACGGCAAAUGAGAAGUCUCCCCCACGAGAAGAUGCUCAUUUAAAUGCCAUGAAGAAUACACAAUUAAGCUCCUCGCCAGGAUCGAACCAGUUUGGGAGACCCGAGACACCCAGUGAUAGUGGGAGGUCAAAUCCUCCUGUCCCUGAAGAGAGUCCUUCAUCAUUUUCAAGGCCUUCCACAACAAACUCCGCUAGUGCGGUCGAAAGUCCCCCUCCAACUACACGGGCCCCAACAUUUAACUUGAAAGAUGCUGCAUUGGCUGUGGGAGACGAUGCCUUAAAUGAUUUUGCCAGACGCACGUCACACAUGUUCACGUUAUUCAGACUUUCAGCCGAGUCACUAAAACCACUCUCGUCAUGUUCAUUAGAAGACCUUGUCAGGGGUGCGUUGUGGUGGUUUCUCAAAGGCCGAUCCGAGCUGGAAAGUAGCAUCAGAGACCGAUCUACAACCCCAGAAGCAAAACAGAACAAUGCAAUUGGCCGCCAACAAGCUUAUUCAAAUUUAGCCAAGGCAUAUUGGCUUAUGGAAAAGAUUGCUCCCCAAUGCCCCGAAAUGAACAACCAUAAGAAUGAUCACACUAUUAAUGAUGCUCUGGAAUCGCGACAAGCAAUUAUAUCUGGCUUGAAAAAAUUGACAAUGUCUAUGAAACGUAACAAUAUUCUCCCGCCAUUUGGCGAAGACGCACCGUUGCUCCAAGGUAACGAUAAUCAGAUUUGGACGAGAGAUGAAGGCGAUCGAUCAUUGCUAGCAUUACAGCGGCCCAAUACAACAUUGACCUUAUCUGGAGCUCUUCCAUUGGGUGACUCGGGCACAAGUUUCACAUAUGGACGUCACUUUGUAGAUGUCUACCUUCUAGAGGAAGCAGCCUCGCAACACUAUCGUUGCCCUUGUCUUCUAUCCAUCGUUCGAGGGAACCAUGAAGAAGAUUUAAGUUUCGUAAUAACCAAUCAAACUGGCACUUUGAAGCUUGUGAUUCAGCACGACAAAACUCGCGGGCCCACGUGGAAUGAUGUGUCCUGGGUACAAAAGAACAACUCGCUUAAUAUCAAGCUUCCGCGAGGCUUUGAGCUUCGGAUCAAUUGUACUCCACAGGAUUUUAGGAGUCUCAGAGGUUCCUAUGAUUUUCAAAACAGUGUCCGACAAAGUCUGGCUCAACUGGAUGAUGAAGAUCUUGUCUUUCAAAUGACCAUCAAGGCUUUUCAAUGCUUUGGUCAAGAAAAGCAAGCACAGUCGUUCCCAGGAGAAGCCGUGCCAAAAUGCGAGGUAAGGUUGUUCGAAAAGAGUAUCGUCGAGAAAGCAGCUACGGGUCCCAGAAAGAAGCAUAGGGGAUUCCGACUUGCUGUUUUGACGGGAAAGAUGACCAAAAAUUUACGAGGUAUCGAUCAAGAUAUUUCACCCAUGACAUCCGUCCAGUUCAGUCUUCUAAGGGGUGAUAACGGCUAUCCAGCACUUUUGUUAAAGAUUGAUGAUGGAAACCCCAGAUCCUCAAUGGUAUUCACAUUUGAAGAGGCGGAUCAAAGAGCUAGAUUGCAUGCGUUACUUACGGGUGGGGUGAUAGGUCGCGAAGAGACUGUCUAUGGUGAAAUUCCCAUUCGAUCAUUUGUCAUUGAGGAGCCAGGAGGCCUAGCUCCACGUCUUGGAGGUUUGGAAUGGCAAAGUGCUCGAGUAAUCAACGAGGAUGCCUUUGAUAUUCAGAACGCCAAGACUGUUCUCUCAGAACAUUUACGAGUGAUUAUGGAUUUCAAAACAGGUUCGCUCACAGAUCGUUUUAAUAUUGGGCCAGGGGAGUUGAAGCUACGACUUGAUCUGCACUCGACAAAUGAGUUGAAGAUUUUGAGGCAACCUCAGUACGACAUGACCAUAAUGGCAACGCAAGCACAGGCAUCAAAUCAGCCCACAAAAGAAUUCGCUGAAGUUCUUGCAACAAUUGCGAGAGCCGAGACAACCCGAACCUACGUGUUUCCCAGCUUGAGAGAACUUCAUCUAUUCCAAACAGCAUUGACAGGAUUUGUUGUCGUCUUUGAUGGCAGGGCAGCAUCCUUCAAUAUUUCGAGGCGAAGAAUGGUGGUUCCCAUCUACAAGAAGUGGGAUGCUGCCAUAACUAGAUUGCAACUAGUUCAAAAAGAAAAAGUUGUGCAACUGCUUGCCUUUUUUGAGAAUUUUAGCCACGGAGAUUGCAUGGGCUUCACUUUGAAAUCCACUGAUACAUUCGAGAGCUCAAACAAGAGUGGAAAGUUUUCUUUGCGCAUCGUUGACGCCAAAUUUGCAAUGCCAAAGCCUCGUGUCGACGGACACUCAACAUUGGAUAGUGGGUUUGUCAAUCUAGAUAUGCCUGAUUAUCCCGGCGAGCAUGAUGAUAUCACGGUAGUAUUUGAUACGGAAGCGGAACGCGAUACAUUCAGUAAAUCAUUACCGGCACCUGUAAAAGUAGCUUCACGAAUGGGAUCAGUAAGGAGAUAGGAGCAAGCCUUUUGGACAUGAGAGAAUUUUUGCGAUAAAGAGUACAUGAUAUAUGGUUGCGAGGCGCACGGCGCAUAAUCUGGAAUUUGAAUAUUAGCGGAUAGCAUUACGGGAAGAUAUCCAUCAUUAUACUGGAGUUCUUCUUUUUGCUGGCUGGCAGUAGCAUCACUGCCACAAAGUCGAUGUUUUACGUGAAGAACAUCAAUCUUUGGUUUCGGAGCUUUCAGAGGAUUUCAAGUUAUCUAGUGCAGUAUGACCUGGAGUUAGUUCUAAUCUAGAAACCACAGAAGGGUAGUUUUCUAACCAUUUUCAUAAGCGAACGGCCAUGCAUUGCCUCCACUAUUUUACUGUUUUCCCCCUUCAUUAGUGUCAGGGCUUGAUAUGUAUGUCUGGUGUACUAAAAGCUAACUCUUGGACUUGCAACAUGCGAGUGCAAUCUCAAUAUCCGACCAGGUAAGUGUGCCA